CGGACUUCAUUGCCCAUAAUGCCUUGCAAGAGGCAGAAAAAGUUAGAGUCCAAGGUACAAAUAGUUCCUACUGUAAAGAUAAACCUAAUGGGUAAGGAAUACGUGUGAAGGUGACUCCUCAGAGUUAGUUUCGUGAGUCGUGUGGAGGUCGUUUCAUCGAAGAGGAGUCGGUUCUUCUUGCAGCGCUACAAAACGACCUUGUUCCUCAGAAGCAUGGCAGAGCCACAGAGAAAAGGAGAGAUGCUGCCUGAAGAUGUUGGCACAGAUGACUGCCUGACUUCAUACACACACAUCUACAGUCCAGAUUUACUAAAAGAUCAGGUUGCUUUUAUCACAGGUGGUGGAUCUGGAAUUGGACUCAGGAUCUCUGAGAUCUUCAUGAGACAUGGCUGUGACACAGUGAUUGCGAGCAGGAACUUGGACAAGCUCAAAGAGGUAGCUAAACAGCUGUCUGCAGCGACAGGACGCCGCUGCCUCCCUUUGUGUAUGGACGUGAGGAAGCCCGAGAGCAUCGCAGCUGCUGUGGAUGAGACGCUGAAAGAGUUGGGCCGCAUAGACAUCCUCAUUAACAAUGCUGCUGGAAACUUCCUCUGCCCGGCUACCUCACUCUCCUUCAAUGCCUUCAAGACCGUAUUGGAGAUCGACACUAUGGGCACAUUCAACACCAGCAAGGUGGUCUAUGAGAAGUGGCUGCAGGAUCAUGGUGGCAGCAUCGUGAACAUGUCUGCAACACUUGGAUACAGAGGACAGGCCCUCCAGGUGCACGCCGGCUCUGCUAAAGCUGCUAAUGAUGCCAUGACCAAGCACCUGGCUGUGGAGUGGGGGAACAGUGGGGUGAGAGUCAAUACUGUGGCUCCAGGUCCCGUCUCUGGCACUGAGGGCUUCCGCAGACUGGGUGGUCCCGCUGGGGAGGCUGCUGGUGCGUUCCAGUCCAUUCCUCUGCAGCGAGCAGGCAACAAGACGGAGAUGGCCCACUGUGCUCUUUUCUUGGCCAGCCGGGCCUCGUCCUAUGUGACUGGAGCCAUCCUGGUGGUGGACGGCGGAGCGUGGCUGACCUCACCCAACGACGUCUCCAUGCUGUUGGGUAUAGCCUCUAAAUCUGCUAAACUCUGAACCCUUCUGUCCUCCUCCUGACCCAGGUUAUUGGUCAUCUGAAAAGAAAAGAGACAAAUAAAUGCUGAAAACAAAAGAGUGAUUUAGGCGCCACGUGUAGAAAUGAUAUGCUGCAUGGACAGUAUUUGUGGUUUCUACCGCCCACUGUUGCAUUUAGAGUGUCUGGAGUUGAACACUAACAUACUACCAUACUAAUUACUGUAUUUAUGUGUUUUACAAUCUUAGUAAUAGAUAGAAUUAUAUAACAUCAGGUAUUUGUCUCCCAUUCCAGGGCUGUGUAUUGUCAUCAUGCAUUUCAUGUAUAGUCAUGUUUAUCCCAGGCUGUUAAUGUGAUUUUUCAGUACCACUGAUUUAUUAAUAAAACAUUUAUAAUUACA